AUGAAUGUAAAAGAAUUACGUAUUUAUCCAAUAAAAUCCUGUGGUGGAGUUAAAGUUCAAGAAGCUUUGAUUACAAGAUAUGGUUUAGCACUUCCUUCCGAUUCUCGAAUCUAUGAUAGACGAUGGAUGAUUGUCAAAAAUGGUCGACAUUUAUCACAACGUGUUUUACCUAGAAUGGCGCUUAUUCAACCAUCAUUUGUUAAAGAUGGUCUUUUACUUCAAGCACCUAAUAUGCCUGAUUUAUUUAUACCGAUUAAUCCAUUACCAAAAGAAAUAAUGAAUUGUUAUUGUUGGGAUGAACCAAUAUUUGGUUUACGUUAUGAUGAUAAUAUAUCUCAUUGGUUUCGAACAUAUUUUCAAAGUGAUGAUAAAAUUGAUUUAGUUAUAUUUGAUGAAAAACAAUUUCAAGCGCGUUCAAGUCAAAAUAAACCUGAUUUUCCUAAUGUAGCACAAGAUCAUGAUGUUAGUGUUUAUCAUGAUGUUUGUCCAAUACAUUUAUGUUCACUAGAAUCUGUUGCUAAUCUUAAUACACGAUUAGAAAAGAAAAUUAAAAUAUAUAAUUUUCGACCAAAUAUUAUUGUAACCAAUGGAGAUGAACCAUAUGCAGAAGAUUGUUGGAGAGAAAUUCAAAUUGGUGAAGUGAAAUUAAGAUGGAUUUCACCAUGUUUAAGAUGUCUUUUGCCAACAGUAGAUCAAGAAACUGGUAUUAAAGAUCCAAAUCAAGAACCUUGGAAAACAUUGAGAAGUUAUCGACUUCAACCUAAUUCAUAUGGUGUCAAAGCUUUAUUUGGUAUUUAUUUAGGACAAAUCGAUGAUUCAAAAAUUGUUUCGGGAACUAUACAUGUCGGUGAUUUAAUUCAUGUUAUUAAACAAGAUCUUGAUUUUUGGGAAAAAAAUGAUUAA